AUGCUGAGGAAGAGCAACAAACUUGAAUGUCGCAUGGAGAAGAAUAAUGCUGGCAACAUUUCCAAAAAAGCAAAAAAGAAAUGUGACUCAGCAGCUGGCCAGGAGAAUGACCUUGAUCCCUUGUCACUGAGGUCUAUACAUGAUAACCAAAACUGUUCAAAAGCUUUGGCAUCCAAGGUGAUCUCUCCAUACUUUAGAAAGGUGUCAAAGGAAAAUGAAUUUGAUGGUGAAAGAGACAAGGCUGACUGUAGAAAUAAGAAAAAGAGAAGGGUUGACAAGACUAUGUACGUUGAAUUUGAAGGGUUACUUUCCAAAUAUGCUUACCCAGGGGACAGUUACUUGAAUAGGGAAGAGGAAAUUGGGAUUAAGGAAGAAGACGGUAGUGCUGUAAAAGGUAAACAGCAAUGUGGAAGCAGGACUCUUAGUGCUGCCGAGAAGCGAUCUGAUGCUUACCAAAGAAAAGCACCAGACUGUGCCUGGAGGCCACCCUGCUCUCCUUACAAUCUUCUGCAAGAGCAGCAUGCCGAUGAUCCCUGGAGAGUGUUAGUGAUUUGUAUGCUUUUAAAUAUCACUUCUGGACCCCAGGUCAAGAAAGUUUUGUCACACUUUUUUGAUGUGUGCCCCAAUGCUGAAGCUGCUAUUGUCACUGAUGUCACUAGAAUUGCAAGUAUGAUACAAAGUUUGGGGUUGCAUAGAAAGAGAGCAGCAAUGAUUCAACAAUUAUCUAGGGAGUAUUUAUCUGAUGAUUGGACACAUGUGACUCAGCUGCAUGGGAUUGGAAAGUAUGCUGCUGAUGCAUAUGCAAUUUUUUGUUCUGGCAAUUGGCGCCAAGUAACCCCAAAUGACCAUAUGUUAAAUUAUUAUUGGAAAUUUCUUCAAAAGCGAGGCCUCAAAGAAGUUGCUUUGUAAGUCAUUAAGUGGCUAUAUAAGAUUUAGUACUUGAUUGUAAGCCAGUCCAACUUCUGGAGUUUGGUGUACAUAUUUAUCACUUCAGGGUACAAGUUGUAGAAACUCUGGUGUAUAUAACUAAUAUAAGUGUAAUUCUACUGUAGUA